CCCCGCCCUCCAAUAUAUUACUCAGCCGCUCAGCCGCGGCCCCUUCGGCUCCGAGCUGAUCCUGUGGUGGGCAGUGUCGUCAGGGCGGCGCUGCAGAGACCUCCACCCAGGACGGCUCUCCCUCCCCGGGCCUCUCCCCUCUUACCCGCGAGUCCCCUCGCCUCGUGGGCCUGUCGGAUCUGAUAUCGUGGGGUGAGGUGAGAGCAGGCCCGGGGAGGGUGAUUACCGCUGAAGAGCCGCAGUCGCGGUCAAGAUGAUAGAGGUACUGACAACAACUGACUGUCAGAAACUGCUACACCAGCUGAAUGCCCUGUUGGAACAGGAGUCGAGAUGUCAGCCAAAGGUCUGUGGCUUGAGACUAAUUGAAUCUGCGCACGAUAAUGGCCUCAGAAUGACUGCAAGGCUAAGGGACUUUGAAGUAAAAGAUCUUCUUAGUCUAACUCAGUUCUUUGGCUUCAACACGGAGACAUUUUCUCUUGCUGUGAAUUUACUGGACAGAUUCCUGUCCAAAAUGAAGGUACAGCCCAAGCACCUGGGGUGUGUUGGGCUGAGCUGCUUCUAUUUGGCUGUUAAAUCAGUAGAAGAGGAAAGGAAUGUCCCAUUGGCAACUGACUUGAUCCGAAUAAGCCAGUAUAGAUUCACGGUUUCAGACUUGAUGAGAAUGGAAAAGAUUGUAUUGGAGAAGGUGUGUUGGAAAGUCAAAGCUACUACUGCCUUUCAGUUUCUGCAACUCUACUAUUCACUCAUUCAAGAAAACUUACCAAUUGAAAGGAGGAAUAGCCUUAAUUUUGAAAGACUAGAAGCUCAACUUAAGGCAUGCCACUGCAGGAUCAUAUUUUCUAAAGCAAAGCCUUCUGUGUUGGCAUUAUCUAUCAUUGCACUGGAGAUCCAAGCACAGAAGUGUGUAGAGUUAACAGAAAGAAUAGAAUGUCUUCAGACACAUUCCAAGAUAAAUGGCAGAGAUUUGACCUUCUGGCAAGAACUUGUAUCCAAGUGUUUAACUGAAUACUCAUCAAACAAGUGUUCCAAACCAAAUGUUCAGAAGUUGAAAUGGAUUGUUUCUGGACGUACUGCACGGCAAUUGAAGCAUAGUUACUACAGAAUAACCCACCUUCCAACAAUUCCUGAAAUGGUCCCUUAAUUGGAUUGUUACAGCAACAAAAAGCUCUUCUCUGAAGCCAUUCUCCACAAUCCUGAGCUAUGGAUUCCAUAAUGUUACAAUGGAUUUAAGCUGUGAAGCCUCAGAACAUCACAACUAGAUUAGCAUUGAUGUUCUCAGAUUUGGGAAAACUACCUAAUUAACAAGCUGUAGUGGAAUUCAGUUAAAUUUGAAUUCAUCUGUGAGGCAUACAAAUUAAAGCUAAGAGCAUAAAUGUGAAAUGUUAAUAACAAGCCUGGAAAGGUAAACUGUGAAUCUUCAUUUCUAACACUGACCCAACCUUCUAUAUUGGGUCAGUAUAUUGUAUUUAGGUGUUAUUAAAAGUGGUUACCUAAUUAAAUUCUAAAUUAUGAGGUAUACAUCAAAACCAACAUUUCACAAAUGCACUUUUAAGGCAUAACAAGGGUCACUAUUCUAGGCAGUGAAAAUGGUUUCUUGGUAUCUAUAGUGAAAGUAAUAGAUAAUCCAGAGAUUGGACUUUAUUGAUACUUGGGGAUUACACUUAAAUUUGAAGGCAUUUUAUAAAAGCAAAACUACACUCCUAGUCAUUUUGGCAUAUUAAGUUAUCUUUAAUAUUUUUUCUAAAAAACAGGUGAUGUUUAUAUCCAUGAUAAAAUCUACACAAUUAUCUACUGUCUCCAUCUAAUCCCAUCAAGAAAAUUUGUUUUUAUUGUGGUAGUAAUUCAAAAUAACUUCGCUCCAAAAACUUGCUGAUUUAACACUCCAGAAGUUUUUACUAAGGGCUGUUUUUAUAAAAACUGCUAUUGCUUCUAAUUUAGAAUUCUUGAAGAGAAUAUACUUUCACUAAUUGCCCCUCCUGUGCCAAAAGAAAGUCUAAAAAAGUAAGUAGGCAUCUUCAUAAUUAUAAAGUUGUUAAGGUAAUAUUCGAGAUUUUCUAUUAAGUCAGGGACUAUAAGGAGAUCUACGGCAUUAAAAAUGUUGUGAACUAUUACUCAGUGCAGGAAGUAGCCUGAGUCCAUCCAUAAUGGCUGUACCCAAUUUUGACAUCAUGUUAUAGGUAAAUGUGCACUGGAAAAUAAACCAAAGAACCACAAUAUAUCUUAUACUUUUGUGAACUGUGUUCUGUGGAUAACUUCAGUUUUCCCAAAAGACUGAUAUAUUUCAAUAAUUUGACUACAUCAGUGUUAAUUCUGAGUUGGCAGAGGUAGCCUAACCAACUACCAUUAUGUUUUGGUACUAAGGGAUAUAUCUUUCAAUAAAGUUAUUGAAAUGCA